CGUUGCUGGCGUUUCUAAAACUAAUGAAAAUGAAAAAUGCAACCUGAGAGGAUGGUCGCCUGUCUACUCGAUAAAAACACUCCACUUUUCCCGCGCUGAGGAGUGGGAAUUCUAGUUGUUUAUUAUUCCAUGCUCCGGUAUAUGGUUAUGUAUAUGAUUUUGAAUGUUUAACUUGUAUCUUUUUAUGAAGUGUUUAAUUUUUCAAAUUUAAUGUGAAUUUUAGUAAAUAAAAAAUCGGAAUUCUCGGAAAUCUUGCAAAAAUGUCCAGUUCAGACAUUUAUCCAGUUUGGAAAAGAAUCUACCCUGUAAUUUGCGGAAAAAGUAAAAAUAUUUCACCAGCUACAGUGGAUGAAAUGCUGAAAUCAUUCAAAGAUAAAGCUGUUAAAGGUUUUCUAGAAUUCAAACCCUACACUAAAGAAAGCUUAGAAGCAUGGAAAAAACAAGAAGGGUUGAAAAACUUGACAUCCGAUGAAGAAAUGUGUAAUUUUAUGAAUAAGUUGAGCAAAGAACUGGAUUUAGAUGUGGAUGUUGCCUGGAUAUUACUUUGCAACUUCUUGAUGUUUGAAUACUUCGGAAAAGUGGAUGAAUUGACAAGUAUUGUGAAAUAUGACACAAAAUAUAAAUUCCUAAUAGAAUACAUUUGGUACUUUUAUACUUCAGAUCGAAUGUUUCUCUUAAAAACUUUAAGACACAUAUUUGAGAAUGUUCAUGGCAAAAACGAAGUUUAUUUUAAAGUGUUUGACAAUUUCAUCAAGUCGAUAGAUAUAAAUUUAUUAUGGAAAAACCUAGUUCAAAUAUUUGAGAAUCUCCUUGGAGAACUGGAUCGUGAAAAAGCAGAAUUAGUUUCAGAGGACAUAGUUGUUGAAUGGAUUCAUAGAAACAACCGGGAACAAGUAGAGGUACUACUUUUGCUAAUGCACACAUUGCAGCAUCGUAAAGUUGACGGUUCUGAGCUUGAAGAUUUACUUAUUAUUUUUAUAAGAUAUGGGUUUUCACAACACCCUCUUUAUCGAAAAAGCCUUAAUAUAUCACGAAAAAAGGAUUUAUUGGAAAUAAGGAAUGCUGAAAUAGCUCUGGUGCUGGUCAUCAUGAAGUCAUAUUGGAAUACACCUGGGGUAGCCAAAUUGUUGCCAACGCACAUUGAAAAAGAUUUAGAAGUGCUUGACCGUCAUGGAGAUAACAGUAUUAUAUUGUUUGCUUGGUCAGUCUUGAAAACUUCCAUUGGGGACAAUGAGGAAAGACACAUGAAUUAUUGUAACAAUGUUGCUGCAAAAUUAGUAGAAGAAAAAGUAUUUGAGUCUAUCCAAAGAGUGAUGACUCAUAGAAUGUUUUCGGACUGUAGAGUUGGCGAAAUUGUUAUUGAUGCUGUAUAUACACUAGUACUGGAAUUCACUAAAAUUUGUGCAGAUUUCUCUUACUUACAUGAGCAAGCAGGAGUUGGUAAAGUUACUGCCGAAUUGUUGAAAAGAAAGGGUAUGCCUGCUGUAGUAAGUUUGAGUCCUAUUUUUCAACUAUCGUUGGAAGCAUUUCCUUUUGUUUUUGAACCAUUUUUGGAAAUGUGCAAAUCUGUGCUGUUACUUCCUGAAAAAUACCAUGACAUAAUGAAGCUUUUGAGAUCGAUACCUGGUUUCCUAUCCGAGAUACCCUGGAAUGACCAUAGACGGAGUUUCAAUUUAGUUGGUGAUCAGAGGCUUUUCUCAAACAGUGACAGAUUUAUAGUUCCGAGUGGUACUGUCGUUGAAUGCUUUGCUUACCAGGGAAUGGAGUUUGCUAGGAUCCACUACUCAUUCAGUUUUUUUGCCUUAAUGGAUGAAUUCAUGACUUCACUCAGUUCUAUGACUUUUCAGAUUAGUACCAAACGGCAGUGCUAUGAAAAUUUAUCUGAACUGGUCAUAAUUGGCUAUAAGUUCAUAAAUCAUCUAUUGAAGCACUACAGAGGAAAUUUAAGAGAAGAUAAAGAUUUAAAACGUGUUGUGCAACUUAUUAACGGAGUACCUGUCUUGUUUGCUGAAGGUCAGAGGAAAAAUUUCGAGUUUAUAUUACUUUUUUUUGAAAUUAAUUUUACGGUGAUAACAAGGGAGUUGUUAGACUUUGUAGAGGCCUUUCCACCAUUGGUGAGGCAAACAUCUCUUCCUGCGCCUAUUACUCGCGACAGAACAAAUGCAGAAGUUUUUCAAGAUCUGAUAGAUAACCAUAGCUUGUUAUUCAAGUCUUUGCGAGAAGAAGAAAACAUGACCAAGCACACUUUACUUAUUCAGUACUUGCAAUUCAUAGACUUCUUGAUUGAGAAAAAUAUUUACCAUCAGGAAGCGCAAUUAGCAGGUGUAUGGUAUAUAAUAAAUUGUACAUUCAAUGUGUUCCAUCAUUGGAACUACGAAGAUCGCAGUGAAGAAAUAUCCAUUUCAAAAUUAUGUUUCUCGAUUUUUGGACAAGUACUCCAACGGCACUUGUCCAAAGUGACGGAUAACUCACUUAUGGUUUUUGAAAUGGUAUUGGAAGCUCUAUUGCACGAAGAAGUGGUCACAUCGAAUUAUGUAGCACUGUUUCUGAAAGACAAAUUCCAUUUACAAUGUUUGAUGGAGCAGGAGUCCAAUUGGAUGGGUGGAACUUGCGUAGAAUAUAUACAGAGCGUGCAGUUGCAGUUGGUGAUGGUGUUGCUUUUAUUCAAGCACAGGUCUAAGAGGCCAGAUAUUAAGACCACUCUGGACAAAAAGAUUGGCUUCAUCUCCAAAUCUGUAACUGCUUAUAUUCUCAAUCCAUACUCGAUUCCCCUGAAGAAAUUGGCUUGCCGAUUCCUGGAAUUUCUGGCAAGGGAUGAAGACAUUCCUUUAUUCGGGUACCUGGAGUUGGAUUAUGAUCAAGUUCACAGAUUAUUUUUGGACAGACUUCGAGAUUCCACUGAAGACAAUGAAUUGAAAAUAAAUAUCUUGGACUUAAUAAGUACUUGCAUUUUGCAUCAACAUGGAAUGACAGCGGCAUUUUUCAACGUAAAAAGAUACAGGAAGUGGUAUGAUGAAGUUAUGGAGAGGACUAUAUCUGGUGAUACAAUCACUGAUUUUAUGGUUGACUAUCUGAAAAAUAUAAAAAAGACCUGUGAGUACUUGAGGAGUCCUUUACAAGUUGGAGUCCUUCACAUAAUGGCAAAUCUUUGGGUGAGUCGAAGAAAGCAUUUGAUAGAGCAAGUCGUUUCUUUGGAGGGGUUUUGGCAGCUUCUUUCCGAACCCUUGUAUCAAGACAUUAAUCAUGCAACCUGUGUUUACACUCACAUAUUCAAGAUAUUUGGCUUACAACUUAUCAAUGAUGUCAACGAAAGUCUAUUCUUGUCUUGUGUAGAGAAGUUUGUUACCAACAGCAAACAGGUAAAGUCAUGGAUGGAAUACCUCUUGAAGAUAUUCACAGCGGACACUACCAACUUGGACGAAAUAGAAGAACGAAAAUCAAUGCUGCGAUCUUGGAUGGAGUUCAUCAUCAUGUUGGAGAGAACACCGGAAGUGAGAAAAUUUUCUCAAGAAACCAAGCACGAAUUUAUCAUGAUGACCAUAGAGGGUAUUCAAUAUUUUAUGGUAAACAAUCAUUGCAUGGAGCUCUGGACAAAUUUUACCCUGCUUCAAUUAUCCUACUGGGGACUAUCUUACAAAGAAAAGCAUUCUUUAAUUUGGAGAAAGGCCACAGCUAUGUUCGAGGUUUUCACAAUUCAUUAUAUCGAUCACGCCGAUAACGUGAGGCUAACUAUUCUUGCCAUAGUCCAGCUUUUCAUUGAGAAUCUGCAUAAACAUUUUGAACAAUCUACUGUUGAUUUGAAGCAGUUAUUGGAAUAUUUUGGCAUUAUGUUAGAACACGAAUAUGAGCUGAUUAAAGAUAGAUACGACAAAGAAUGCUACUUUGACUCAACUGCUAGAGAAAGACUAUUACCUUGGACAAUGUGUGUACGAACGGUUAACAGUUUGUUUGAGUUUGAGAAUCUACAGGAUAUUGCUCUGUGGUUCUCAUACAGGAAUUAUGUUCAGAAACUCUUUGGCUGCACUAUAGAAUUAUUUAAUCGCAGCCAUACUGUGCCACUCUCCAAAAUUACAUUGUAUAGCAUGUAUCUUUACAUGGAAUCCCCUUUGUAUCUCGACUUUUUGAACAUUGAUAUAAAGAAGUUUCUGAUUACUAUUGAAGUUCCUGUCACUGCUUUACUAUAUGGAAAGGACAAUAAGUUGAACAGCAAGCAGCUCGAAGAAGGAUGGACGAUUUGUACAUUACUGUUCAAGUUCGUAAAGAGAAUGUUGCAGUCCAUGAAGACGUCUGCUUUACCAAUCUUUUAUUCAUUUGUAAAAUUAUAUGAGCAAGUUUUCAUGCACAUUUUCCUAAUUCCUGAAACUACAGUGGGAUUGAAAGGUUUAGAUCUAUUGAUAAAUACUUUGCAGCUGUUUGAUGAAGUUAUGUCUAAUUGGCAAGUCGAGUGGUACAAAAAGUCGAAUGACUCUUAUAAUUUCGUACUGGGUGGCGUUAAAAAGAUUAUCAAUGGCUGUUUGUAUACGCUUUUGAGACCAAAAAGUAUCAAUGUGUUCCUGUCCGAUAAAUUUUAUAAUCUGGUUCAAGUUGAGAAAGUUCCUGUUGAUCUCAUGGUUUCAAUAAUGAAUAGUGUGCUCGUCGACAUAACUCAGAUGUACUUAUAA